AUGGUGGGAAUGUCUUCUCCUGGGGGAUGGGGCAAGAGGGACAGCUUGGACUUGGAGAGGACAGGAUUCACAUCUCCACCCCUUGUCUUAUCAGCUGUUCUCAGUUUGCUGAGGUCACACAGAUACAAGCAGGGGACAGCUACAGUGCAGCAGUCACAGUAGGUGGAGAGCUGCUUCUCUGGGGUCAGAUCCCCUGUGUGUCCCUGGUCAGUGAUCAUCCAGGCCUCAAAAGGCUCUGGACCCCCCAGCCUGUUCCACUGGCUGGCGGAAAGGUAUGUGAUGUAUCCUGUGGAACCUGGCAUAUGAUGGCCCUCACCACAAGGAGCAGAGAGAAGAACAGAGAAUGUGCUCACCCAGAAACUGAAGCUUGCUUCAGAGACCUUGUCAGCAAUCCCCUACCGACAGAGCGCACAGAGAAAGAAAACCCAGUGCAAGACUCCAGGCAGGUUCAUCUCAAGUUGCUUCAAGGUCUGGAGAGACCAGUGAGCAGGACCACUGAGGAGCAGGAGAAAUAUAAAGAAAGCAAGACUGCAGAGGAAGAAGAAAGACUUGACGAAAGACCAAACAAAGAUGGGGGAGAUGGAGCAUUUCAUGAUUCAGCAUUAACCGUAGCCAGGUCUGCUGUGAGGAUGGACAGGAGAGGAAAUGGCCAAUCAUCAAUCAAAUCCAACCAGGGGGCUGAGAGGGAGGGUUGCAGGACAGCAGGGCCGUGGGAAACGAAGAAAGAACCAUGCAGAAGCAGAGGAAGCAGAGAUGCAGUCUUCACCACUUUGCAUCUUUUACCCAGGUCAGAGGAAGAGCAAAAAAGUACCAGCACCUUGCCCCGCAUACUUACAGGACAGCAAGCUCAUAGCCGAGUUUCAGCUGGGGCUCGGAAGGAGAGAUCUACACAUCUGACUGAACUGGUUCAAAAAUGUGAAAGUGACAGAAGUCCCAGGCCAAGACCCAAACCCACACCUCCUGGGAAAUGUACAGGUCCUGUGACUCAGAGGAUAGCCUCUGGUCACCAUUCAAGAAUUAGACUACACUCUGGCCUCAUGUGUCCGAUUUAUAAUUCUCCUUCCUAUCUGAGCCCUGGACAGCAAGCUCAGAUGGCCUCCCCUUCCUUACACCUGGGACCACAAGUCAAAAUCUCUCUUUCUCCAACUCCUUCCUCUUCUGAACCAUUCAGGUACUGUCCAACACACAGCAGAGGGGUUUCUGCCUUUGGCACUUCUCGGAAGAAUCAAUGAGAAUCCACAGAUCCAGUUCUGUUCACUUCUGGACCUAGAAAAUGUAUCUUAUUUAUCUGAUGUUGUAGUGUUUCAAUUGUGUAUAUUAACCCUUUUAUGUCAGGUUAUGUGAACGAUUUGAAAACAACAUAUGUAUCCAUAAAGUCAUCAGUGUCUAAAGCAUUUUUACCCCUUAGUCCCCAAAAAUUAAUGGAGAGAGAAUGUGCACUCUAUUAUCUACUUAAUAACACACGUAGUCUGGCACUACCAGACGACGGAAGAUCUCAGUGCCUACCAAUCGUCUGGGGAUUUCUAAAUGCAAAGUAGUUGCUUGAACGGCUGCACAAACGGCCACUAACAAACGUACGCACCUUACUUCAAGGACAUGCCUUACCUGAAACAAUUCUCUCCUCCCAUCCACUGGAGAUAUAGCGAAUCACUGCGUAACAUGGAGUGACAUUGAAAAUCGAUGUCCUGAGCAAUGUUAUAUGGUACAACAGUGUUUACAAGCACACGACUUCCACAUGUCACCGCCCCAAAGACUUUGGAUUGCUUCUGCAAUGCAGAUUAUUUUAACUGUCUUACUGUUUCCACACUGUUUUAGCAAUGAAAGCUGGGAGAAAGUCCUCAGUCUCUGUUGAGCGAAACGUUUACAGACAAGGUGACUGACAAACAGCCUCUUUUGCUCUGUAAGAGCUCUCUAAAACAGAAUCCAGAUCAGCAUUAAUGGGCUUCACUUUAUGAUUUGGCAUAUAUGCUCCUCUUACAAACCAUCUCAGUCAGCGACACUCAUGAACCUUAACCUCAUCUGAAAGCAUUAGACUUUGGUCUUACAGUCAAAGCUGUAUGUAGGAGCUACAGAGUCUUUGAAUCACCACAUUUCAACAGGCCCUUAGAGGAUUUAGUUUUUUUUACUGUAUAUACUACCAAGCCUCCUUCAUUUUAAUACUUACAGUAUGUUGUUUAUUAAAGACAUAACGCCCUCUCAGAUCUUGGCCUCUUGUAAGACAUUUCACGGUGUAGUGUUUUCAUGGCUGCCCGUCUCUGCAGUAUGAGUCACAUAUGCAUGCUGCCCUGGCUCUUUUGAGCGUGAGAAAAUACUAUAUGAUGAGGGUCCUCAAAACAAAGUAGGAUCAUUACAGGAAACAGAGCUUUCUUCGGGUCUGCUGUGCUCUGUUUUGUUUUUUUGUUUCUUAGAGAGAGGUACUUCAUUAGUCUUGUACUAUAUGCAAACUGGUUCUUUGCCACAGCACAGACCACAACCACAUAGUAAUUCCUCUUGUCAGGAUUUCAUUAUUAACAGCGCAUGUGAUGUUUUCUCGUUAUCUACAUUUAACAAAAAAGGACCUUCUCUCAAUAAGAUGUUGGCAGUGUUGGGUUAGACACAUCACUCAGAUAUGUAGUCAAAUAUAAGUACAUUUAUUUCUCAAUAAUAUUAAUAUUUCAUAUUAAUACCGCUAGUAAUGCCGGGGUGAUUAAUAUUUUAUCACUUUAAGCACUGAUUUUACACGGUGUAAAGUUUUCAAUUACUGUACCACCUCUACAUUUUGAGUUAUAUUGAAAUUUUGAAGAGAUAUCUUAUUCCUGUUCCUGUUAUUCAUCAUCACAGUAGUCGUCAUUUCAGUUGGCCAAAGAAUACAAAUGAACAUCAAAGCUAUUAAUUACCUUGAUUGCAGUUUUAUUAAAGGUUAAAGAAGAUACUAUUGUUAAUUUUGUAAACCUAAGCAAAGACAUUUGAAAGGAAGUGUUGCUCCAACAGAGUGACAAGGAACACAAUAAAAGUGCUUUUGAAUUGAGUCAUAGAUUUGCUUUCGUGAGUACCAAACCCAACACUGAUUACAUACAGGCAUUCAGUACUGAUGGCAUUGAGACAUCCGCCCUCAUCCCACCCCAUCGUCUCUUACACUCCCUAUGGUUUGUUUUGGUGUGUGUGAGUAAGUGUUGGUUGUGUGUAUCACGUUUUUGCCCUGCAAGACUCCUGCCAAUCGAUUCAAGGUGAGACCUGUCGAUUAAACACCCUGAGCUGUGCUCUCUACCUAACCCCAGGGUGAUUCAAUCCCACCCCUACACACACCCAUGCACAAACACACGCACCCAUACACACUCACUUCACCUGUCAUCCAUCAAUACCUCCAUCGGGGCCUCUAUUGAUCCCCUCCAUCCCGCCUCUUCACCCCAUGCAGUACAACAUCAGGGCCAAGAUGACGUCCAUGCAGGUUUAAUUUCUGACAGAUUUACAAUAAAGCUCAAGUUAUUAUUUAACUCUUCCGGCCGCAGUGUGCUCUUUGAUUUAGCACCCUGGGAGAGGAUGAGUUACAGCUGACACGGAGAAUCUGCCGGGGCUGGAAUGGUAGGCACCCGGUUCAUAACUCAGCCGCCGAAUGUGUAGUUAGUCAAUCACUUGAUCUGUAAUCACAAAUGCUGCCAGAAAUUACAUGAGUGAUGAGCUGUAAUAAAAGCACUUACUUUUCCUGCUCUGUCUCUUAAGUGUUAUUGGCAGACCCCUCUCUCCCAGGAGGCCGUGGCUGUGAAACAAAAUCCCGAUAUAAACUGCCUCAUUGGUCCCUGCCUCACGCUCUCUCUCUAGUGUACUGUAUGUGUGUGUAUGUGACUGUGAGUGUGUGUUAAUGCAGAGAGCUCCCACUACAGUGUAAUACAAAGCUCUUUUUGACAGUCUUUCUUCCGCUGUUGGAUUGCCUUGCUUCAGGACAAAUGAUCCUCACUCCAGUAAAGACAGUCAUCUGCGUCAUUUCUAUCCUUUAUAAUCUC